UGGUUUACCCCAGACUUCCUUUACGGAACCAACGUCGAUAUCAGGAAGUUCGGGCGGUGGUCAGAAGAAGAAGAACAGCUCCCUCUCGCAUCUUUCUUCCAUACUUGUCAGCCCCACCAACAGUCAUCAUGUCCAGCAAACGAGCAAAGGGGAAGACCACCAAGAAGCGCCCCCAGCGCGCCACUUCCAAUGUCUUCGCCAUGUUCGACCAGUCCCAGAUCCAGGAGUUCAAGGAGGCCUUCAACAUGAUCGACCAGAACCGAGAUGGCUUCGUGGACAAGGAGGACCUCCACGACAUGCUGGCCUCCCUGGGUAAGAACCCAACCGAUGAAUACCUGGAGGCCAUGAUGACCGAAGCACCCGGACCCAUCAACUUCACCAUGUUCCUCACCAUGUUCGGAGAGAAGCUUAACGGGACUGACCCGGAGGACGUCAUCCGCAACGCCUUCGCCUGCUUCGACGAGGAGGGCACAGGCUUCAUCCAGGAGGACUACCUGAGGGAGCUCCUGACCACCAUGGGCGACCGCUUCACGGACGAGGAGGUCGACGAGCUGGUCAGGGAGGCCCCCAUCGACAAGAAGGCCAACUUCAACUACGUGGAGUUCACACGCAUCCUGAAGCAUGGGGCUAAAGACAAGGACGAUUAAAGAGAGCCAGCGACGCCUUCUACCACACACAAAUUAAACCCACGCCACAACCUGCUAGAUCUCCGGGCUGCAUGUCCCUGCUCUAGGAAGCGGUGUAAACACUUAGUCCACCUGGUCUUCUUCCGACCUGGUGUCUUAAGGGUGAAAGGUUUUUCUGAAGGGUUUGGGGUUUGCACAAAUGUUCUGUGUUAGGAAAAUUUGCCACGUGGGUCUAAGGGACGUGUGAUCUGGGUUCUGUGGCUUUUUACCUUUUUAUAAUAUAAACGUUUUGGAAUAAAUCCCUCUAUCAAG